CUUCCCGAGAGCCGUUGUAGCCCGUGCCUCCGCCGUCCGAGCCGUACUCCCUCCGCCUCCUUCUCGUCAAAAUCUUGAUCUUUUUCUCGUUCUUUUCCUUGAUCAAGGCAGAGGGAGGAAGAAAGCUGCUUCUUCGGAGUGCGGUCGUGUUCCUUGUCCUCGUUGGUCUGUCCAUGGACGCUGGUCCUCUUCCUCGCUCGCUGAUCCACACCAAUGCGGACGCAUCCGGAGAAUCAAAUCGCAUGAUGAAAGCGCAUGAUGUGCUGCCCUUGGUCGGAAGCGCCGCUGCGAGGAAAAGAUUGUCCGACAUCACCAACACGGUGAGUUCGGGGAGGGCCGGAAUGAUGGGUGCCGAUGUCGAUCAAGGUAACUCGAAUGUGAUUUCUUGCCCGAGCUCCAAAGAUUGCAUCGUCCAGCUCAUGAAGGAAAAUACUGCCUUGUUGAAGCUUCUGGCAGAAAAGAACAAAAUCAUAGAACUGAGUAGCACUGAGUCGCAAAAACUCCAAUUUGAAUUGCAGAAAACCAGUCAACAAAACUGGCAAUUGGCCCGGGCUAACUCACACAUGCUAGCGGAGCUCAACUUAGGGAAAGAUAGACUAAAAGUAUUACAACAUGAGCUUGGUUGUACCUUAUCAAUCCUUAAACUAAAGACUUCAGAAUUAGAGGAGAAAGAAAAAUUGAUCAAAGAACUCCUUAACAAAAUUGGCUCAGAGGUAGGAAGCACCAGGUGUGAGGAGGUUGAAGCAAAUGCAACUCAACUUGCUAAUGACAAGAAAAUCUGCAAUCCCAAUAAGAAGCGCAAGUUAAAACAGCAGCCUUUAGGCCCUAUCGCUUUGGUUCAUCAAGUGGCAUCAGAAGGAAAGGUUGAUGGUAGAAGAAGGAGGUCCUUACGAACAAAAUCCAGUGGCUUGAAGUCUGAAUCAUGUGAAUUUGUGAAUGACUUGCUCAAAAGAGAUGAUGGCAGAUCUCCAAUGACCCAUCGAGUGGGCCUAGAGGAAAAGGUUGUGGGAAGAAGAAGUUCCUUCCGAACAAGAUCCUGUAGUUUGAAAUCCGAAUCACAUGAAUCUAUGGAGUUGCACAAGAUUGUUGAUGCCAUACUUCCAGUGACUUGUCAGGUGCCAUCAGAGGAAAAGAUUGAUGGAAGAAGCAGAAAAUCCUUGCGGAGGAGAUCCGGUUAUUUAAAGUCUGAAUCAUGUGAGCCUACUGAGAACUCAGUCAAGAUGAAGGAUGCCAAGUUUUUAGUUUAUACGAUCAAGAAUGAAAAUUUGCAUGAGGAAGCUAUUGCUCAUGGAGAUUGUUCUACUUCUUCCAUAUCAAAUAUUUCUGUUGAACGAGUAAAGAAUGAGAAGCAUAAUUCAAUUAGGUCUUCAGAACUCGGGAAUCGGGAGUGCCAAAGAAGAUCCUCUGUUGGAAGGCCAUUGCGGAAGGCUACUGAGAAGGUCGGUUCUUACAAAGAAAUGAAUCUGAAUGUAAAAAUGUGAAGAUCAGAGUGCGAUUCUGGGUUAUCUGCUUACAUCACUAAAAUUUCAGAUGGUGCUAGCUGAGAGCUGUUGAUAUUCAAGGAUCCACUUAAUAUAUCUGCUAGAUGAGAGUUGGACAUGCUAAUGUUUUCUAUGUUCUUGAUAUUUUGUGAUGACAUGGUGAAAUGUAUUACUGUAUUAUAAGAUUAAUUAGUAGGAACCCAUAUCUUAGUUUUGCAGCUUCUUUCCUUCUUUUUAGUUUGCCCUGCACAAAACAGGGAUAUUUUGAGAUAAAAUAGUAGUAGCAUUAUAUGUUGUAUGAUUUGCUACGAUUGAAAUUUAUACUUGUCUCAAGGAAAAAUUGAUGCUUUUUUUU